AUGUCGAAACAACGGGUAUUUUUGGUUCUUAUAAGUCUUUCUGUUGUGUGUUUCUCGAUUCUUAUUGGGUAUAUUGAUUCAAUCAAAAGUCAUCAUUACAUAUUUGAUCCUGAACAACUUCAUAAACUUGCUCAACGUGCACUUCUUGUUAAUGGUCACUUGAAAAACAUCGAUGGAAAACUAAUACCUGUUCCGCAGGAGAAUGCAAAUUCCACUCGACCAGUCAUUGAUUAUAUUGUUGCUGAACUACGUAAAACAAUUGACCCACGAUUUUUAACUAAUGAAGAAGAAUGGAUUUUUAAUAAUGCUGGAGGAGCUAUGGGGGCCAUGUUCAUCAUUCAUGCAUCAUUCACAGAAUAUCUCAUCAUUUUCGGAACACCACUCGGUACUGAAGGCCACACAGGUUUACACACAGCAGAUGAUUAUUUCCAUAUUCUAUACGGCGAACAAUGGGCAUUUUCAGCUGGAGCAUUAGAAAAAGAGAUUUAUCAAGCUGGAAGCGUACACUUCUUACCCAAAGGUACUUCGAAACAAUUUAAAAUGCACAAAGGAUGUUGGGCAUUGGAAUAUGCACGAGGAUGGAUACCACCGAUGAUGCCGUUUGGUUUGGCUGAUACGUUAACAUCAACUUUAGAUGUGAAAACGUUUUACCAUACUAUUCGUAUUUCAGGACGUGAAAUGAUUCGAAAUCUAUUUCAAGGAAAGAUUUAG